UUUAAAUUUGUGCCCUGCAGUGUGCAGUUUACUGUCCCUGCUGCUGUUACCUAACAGCUGGGAGACGUUGAAGGGCCAUGCCAGUCAAUGUCGUGUUGGACGGUCCGGCCCCUUGGGGGUUUCGCCUGACAGGAGGAAAGGAUUUCAACCAGCCUCUGACCAUCUCCAGGAUCACUCCCGGGAGUAAGGCAGCCAUAGCCAACUUGUGCGCUGGCGAUGUCAUCCUGGCCAUCGAGGGAGUCCCAGCCACAAACAUGCUGCACUGUGAAGCCCAGAACAAGAUAAAAGAGUCCACCAGUCAGCUCAGUCUUACCGUUGAAAGGUUGUAUGCAGAAACCGAAAGCAUGAACACAAACAGAAAUGACACCAGACUGUGGUCACCACGUGUUGUGGAGGACGGUAAAACUCACCCUUAUAAAAUGAACCUGGAAGCAGCACAGCAGGAAUAUAAACCAAUUGGGACAGCUCACAACCGGAAAGCUCAGCCGUUUGUUGCGGCAGCAAAUAUUGAUGACACGCAUCAGGUGGUCAGUACAGCCUACAACACCCCCAUAGGCCUCUACUCCUCAGGCAACAUCCAGGACGCCAUGGAGGGCCAGAUCCGAGGCCUGGUUCUGCCCAAGCCUGUGAGUCCCAGGACUUUGUCCAGCAUCGAGGAUUCUGACGUGUACCAGAUGUUACAGAAAGACCAGGAGGAGCCCCAGGAGCCUCGACAGUCUGGCUCGUUCAAAGCCCUGCAGGAAUUUAUUGACAGUGAUGGCACUCGUCCCAUUUUAACCAGGACAGUAAAAGCUCCCACAACCAAACCAACUCCGCCCACAGGAAACCUGCAGAAACUGCCCGUCUGCGACAAGUGUGGGAAUGGGAUUGUUGGGACGGUGGUGAAAGCACGAGACAAGUAUCGUCACCCUGGUUGCUUUGUGUGCUCUGAUUGUGACGUCAACCUCAAACAGAAGGGCUAUUUCUUUGUAGAGGGGCAACUGUACUGUGAGACUCACGCUCGGGCUAGAAUGAGACCACCGGAGGGACACGACCUCAUCACAACUUUCCCCUCUGCAUAGAUUCACAAACACUCAGACACACAUACAAACAGACACUCCUGUGACCUGCAUCUGUUUUAUGUGUUUAUCUGCACCCGUUUUUCUGAUGUUGUCUGUGUGCAAUAUUUCAAUGGCAAUACACUUUUCUCUUUCUGAAUUUAAAUCUUUGUGUAGGAACAUUUUAGGAACAUUUUACAGGUAAAAAAAGGCCUUUUUUUCAUGAAAGACAUUUUGACUUGUCACAGCAGGAAAAGGACAGGUGUUAAGUGUUGAUAUUAAUGAUGGUUGAGGUGUUUUUAGCUGCUUUGUUUUCAGGUUCCUGGUAUCUUGCAUGCUAUCCCAACAUCACUCUCACCGGAGCACUUGAAUAUAAAGGAGCCAUCAUUAGUGUUUUUAGUAACACCUGUGCUCUUCUUACUAUGAAAAGUCAAAAUGUCUUCUGUGAGAACAGCCCAUUGAACAGCCUGUUUGUUUAAAGAGCCCAGCUGCAGUGACGACAAAACUACCUUGCCAGUUUCUUGCAAUUUGAUGUCUUUUCAAUAAAGACCUCUGCUUAUACUGUAA